AAAUAAGGAGAUAUUUAAAGACGCCGGCGCCAGGCGUAGAUCCCUGCCCCGCGCCGUACGGCCCCGUUCAUUGAGUUCAUCAGUCCUAGCGGAAGCGCCGCCAGCAUGUCUGAUAAACUGCCCUACAAAGUCGCGGACAUUGGACUGGCAGCCUGGGGACGGAAGGCCCUGGACAUAGCUGAGAAUGAGAUGCCAGGUUUGAUGCGCAUGCGGGAGCUGUACUCGGCGUCCAAGCCACUGAAGGGGGCUCGGAUUGCCGGUUGCCUGCACAUGACUGUGGAGACUGCUGUCCUCAUUGAGACUCUCGUGGCCCUGGGUGCUGAGGUGCGCUGGUCCAGCUGCAACAUCUUCUCUACUCAGGACCAUGCAGCGGCUGCCAUUGCCAAGGCUGGCAUUCCAGUGUACGCCUGGAAGGGCGAGACAGAUGAGGAGUAUCUGUGGUGCAUUGAGCAGACGCUGUACUUCAAAGAUGGGCCCCUCAACAUGAUCCUGGACGAUGGUGGUGACCUGACCAACCUCAUCCACACCAAAUACCCACAGCUUCUGUCAGGCAUCCGAGGCAUCUCUGAGGAGACCACGACUGGGGUCCACAACCUCUACAAGAUGAUGGCCAAUGGGAUACUGAAGGUGCCUGCCAUCAAUGUCAACGAUUCUGUCACCAAGAGCAAGUUUGACAACCUCUAUGGCUGCCGGGAGUCCCUCAUAGAUGGCAUCAAACGGGCCACAGAUGUGAUGAUUGCGGGCAAGGUGGCGGUGGUAGCAGGCUAUGGUGACGUGGGCAAGGGCUGUGCCCAGGCCCUGAGGGGUUUUGGGGCCCGAGUCAUCAUCACCGAGAUUGACCCCAUCAAUGCACUGCAAGCUGCCAUGGAGGGCUAUGAGGUGACCACCAUGGACGAGGCCUGUAAGGAGGGCAACAUCUUUGUCACCACCACAGGCUGUGUUGAUAUCAUCCUUGGCAGGCACUUUGAACAGAUGAAGGAUGAUGCCGUUGUGUGUAACAUUGGGCACUUCGAUGUGGAGAUAGAUGUGAAGUGGCUGAAUGAGAAUGCUGUGGAGAAGGUGAACAUCAAGCCCCAGGUGGACCGCUACAGGCUGAAGAAUGGGCGCCGUAUCAUCCUGCUGGCUGAAGGCCGGCUGGUCAACCUGGGUUGUGCCAUGGGCCAUCCCAGCUUCGUGAUGAGCAACUCCUUCACAAACCAGGUGAUGGCACAGAUUGAGCUGUGGACCCACCCAGAUAAAUACCCUGUUGGGGUUCACUUCUUGCCUAAGAAGCUGGAUGAGGCAGUGGCCGAAGCCCACCUGGGCAAGCUGAAUGUGAAGCUCACCAGGCUGACUGAGAAGCAGGCCCAGUAUCUGGGCAUGCCCAUUGAUGGCCCCUUCAAGCCUGAUCACUACCGCUACUGAGAGCCGGGACUGCCCUUCACCUUCCAGCUGCCAUUUUGUUCCAGGCCCUACCUCUCUUUCCCAAGAGCAAAUGUCACCAACUCUGCUGUUGCUUCACCAGUGUUCGUCCCGCUGGGGCUGGUCACUCUGUCUUUGGACCCUGUUGUGUCCUUCAUACUGUUCCAGGUGUGGUGAGGGGGACUGAGAGUCUCCGGUCAAGAUAGAGGUACCUGGGAGCCACCCACAAGGGACAUGAGCUCCAGAGUCUUGGAAGUCCUGAGGCUGUGGCUAGUGGUGGUCACAAGCCCGUGGACUUUACCAUCCAAGCCCUCACAUGGUCUUUAGAUCCAUGUGCUUGGUUUCUUGGCCUGGGACCUGAGAAGGAGCUCUACCAAAGGGCAGGAACCAGUGGAGUUGGAAGGUUCCUCAGAGCUUGGCUUAUUUUCCAUUGGGCCGUCUCUUCAAUCUCAAUAAUGAGGUUGGUACUUUUGGUCCCUAUUUCACAGGGGUGAGAAUAGAUUAAGAAAGGACAAAUGACAGCUGGAGAUUGAAAGGGUCAGAAAAAACCAAUAGGCGAAGGUCUGUCACUAUUUGUAAUUGAUGGUUCCUAUCACAAGCCUGGGUCACAAAGAGAUUCAUUUGGUCUAUAGUGUUUAGAAUGUUAACAAAGGAAGGUGGAUUAAAUAAAAUAUCUGGUGCCUAAGGAA